CAGCUGUGGAGCGGAGCCGAGCAAGGCAGAGUGGAACCCGCUCGGAGCCGCCGCUGUGCUCCUCCCCGUGGUGUCGGCAGCAGCCGCAGCCGCAGCAGGCUCCGGCUGAUCGCAGGGACGAGUGAGAGCUGGGUUAGCUGCUUGGGUUUGCCGGCUGUCUGCCCGCUGGAAGGCCUAGCGAUUUGUUGAUCUCUGUGGAGCUACAAGCGUCAGAUGUUCUAAGAGGAGAUGCCUACGUAACACACGUUGCCAGCAAUUGUACUAAGUACUUCACUGCUGAACCAGUUGCUCAGGUACCCUGCCUGUCUUUGUUGCUAUGGGAGACUGGAAGACUAUUACUGUGCCAGUGCUGUCAUCAGAUAGCAAAAAUAUUUUUGAAUAUACCUCAGAUAAAAGUAUUUCUUCCCUAAGUAUGAACUCACAAGUGCUACGUUUGUCACUGCCUUCAGCCAAAAACAUGCACGGCUUUUUCAGUGCCUUCUGCACAGAAGAGAAUAUUGAACAGAGUGUAUCCUAUCUUGAUAGGGAACUAACAACACUGGGCUUUCCCUCUAUUUAUGCUGAGUCCAAAGGAAAGGAAUUAAACUUAGUAUCUGUCAUAAAUUGCAUGAAUGAAUUGCUUGUACUGCAGCACAAGAACCUUCGAGCUCAGGAAGAAGUAGAAAUGCAGCAUCUAAAACUGGGUAGUGAUAUGGAUCACUUACAGAACUGCUAUGCUAAAUUAAAGGAACAGCUGGAAUUAUCUAAAAGGGAGAUAGUCGGACUUCAGGAAAGAGACAGACAACUGCAAAACAAGAACAGAAAUUUGCACCAGUUACUUAAAAAUGAAAAGGAUGAAGUACAGAAGUUGCAGAACAUAAUCUCAAGCAGAGCUACACAGUACAAUCAUGAUAUGAAGAGGAAAGAAAGAGAAUAUAACAAAUUGAAAGAGCGUUUACAUCAACUAGUCAUGAACAAAAAGGACAAAAAGAUAGCUAUGGAAGUUCUAAAUUAUGUUGGUAGAGCUGAUGGGAAGAGAGGUGCAUGGAGGACUGAUAAGACAGAAGCCAGAAAUGAAGAAGAAAUGUACAAAGUUCUGUUAAGCGAUUACGAACAACGCCAAAAACAACUUUUAGUGGAAAAUGCUGAGCUGAAAAAAGUUCUUCAGCAAAUGAAGAAAGAGAUUAUUUCACUUCUCCCACCGCAGAAACAGAAACUUAAAGAACGGUCUGAAGAUGGGCCAGUGCUGUCAGACUUGGAAGAAGAUAUUGGAGAGUUAAAUAAAGAGAAUAUGUGGGAACUGUCUUGUGAAACUGUACGAGAGCAGCUUACCAACAGCAUUAGAAAACAAUGGAGAAUGUUGAAAAAUCAUGUUGAAAAGCUAGAUAACCAAGUAUCGCGUGUACAUUCAGGAGCUUUGAAUGAGGAAGAUGUCAUUUCGAGAGAAGACCAUGAGAUGGAAACUGAAAAGCUAGAGUUGGAGAUCCAGCAAUGUAAAGAAAUGAUCAAAACUCAGCAACAGCUUUUACAGCAGCAGCUCAUGUGUCCAUGUGAUGAUGACACCACUGUGUUACUACAGGACUGCUAUUUACUGGAAGAAAGAGAGCGUCUUCAGGAAGAAUGGAGACUAUUUCGAGAACAAAGAAAGAAUUUUGAGAAGGAACGAAGGAGUUUUACAGAAGCUGCUAUUAGAUUAGGACUUGAGAGAAAGGCAUUUGAAGAAGAUAGAGGAGCAUGGCUGAAGCAACAGUUCUUAAGUAUUUCUACUGAUUACAAGCACUCUGAAAAUGUGACAACUCCAAGUGCCUUCUUAGGAAGUUCUGACCAAGACAAUCGAUUACCGAAAUCUACAUCUCAGCAAAGAAAACCUCACUGUAUGUUGGGUGGUCCUGUUUCAGCAGAACCUUACCAGAUAUCUCAGUAUAUUGCACGUAACAGUUCCAGUGCUGCAUUAAGAAAACCUGCUGGAGAUAGCAAACCAAAUCAGUGGGUGGAAAGUGACAAAGAAACAGAGUAAUGCACAAAGUCAUGGGAAGAAUCUGGAGCUGGCACUCUGCUAUGUAGAAACUUGCACAUAGAACAACUGCCUUAGACUUCCUAGGGUUGCUAGCUGGGUUUUUUGUUGGAGAUUGGUUCAUAAACUUUUCAUUCUAAAGUGAAACAAUGCUGUGAGUUUGAUUGUUCUUCUAGAGGAUUAUGUGGUGAUCUGAAUUGUGGUGUGUAUGUAUGUGUGUGCACAUGGCUU